AUGCAGAGUCCACUUCACGGCUCUAAUGAGCCGGCUAUCAAGCCCAAGGUAGGCUCUCAGCGAGGUGCAGCCACGAGGAGGAAGAUUACCGUAAUCGCGUGCAACACUUGUCGCUCUCGACGUACCAGAUGUGGCGGCCAAAGGCCGGUUUGUGCCUUCUGCCGUGCCCGUGGCCUAGAUUGCCGGUAUGAGAAGGCUCCGACACCUCCACCAUCCAGCGUGGACCUCGAGCUCGCGGCAAUUAAUCGACGGCUUGACUAUAUGACUACACUGCUGGAUUCGUCGACGCACUAUCCACGAUUCACGGCAGAUGGUUGGGUUCACCAGAAUGAAAUCAGCGACGAGGAGAAGUCGCCCUUCGAGCUUCUCGGAACCCAAACCGUGAUGAACAUUCUAGGCUUGGAUGCCAAUUUUGCCCGGCGCAUUCGACAACUGGAAAGAGCAACGUUGAAUACCACUGCCGUGUCUUCCGGACGCCUGUAUAUGGUCACACACCAGCAAGCUCUCACCGCCCUCGCAAGCUUCUCUACCCAUAUCCACAUUUGGUAUCCAAUAUUUCGCCCCGGCUUCUCAGAUCAGUACUUCCGCGUGAUCUCAGGACCACUGGUACCGUCGCCGGCAUCAUGCCUCACACUUCUGGUCACUGCAAUCGGACUUGUGGUGUACAACAGUCCGGGUGUCGAUGGGUUUCAAGCGGAGCCCACUCAUCAUCCAUAUUUUGAGGCUGCUAUAGCGUCUCUACCACUUGUACUCACAGACGAUAGCAUAGAGAGCGUGCAAAGCUUGAUACUGCUAAGCAUAUACUACUGCUGUCUCUCCAAACCAUGUCACGCGCUCGACUAUUGUCUGACUGCGUCACUGAAGGUGCAAAGCUCGUUGCGAAAUGUCGACCACGAUGAUAAUGAAUCGUAUGAGCGCUUGAGAAGAGCGUACUGGGUGAUCCUGUUACUCGAAAGCGAACUCCGCGUCCAAUUCAAUGUCCCUAACAGCGGGAUCUGGAGUCUCGAUGACGAGAUCCCACUUCCCGAUAGCCGGAGGACGUGGCACUUUGAUGUAGAUGCCGGUUCGCCAGCAGCUGCACCAACAUCACCGGCAAGUGUUGUUUCCACCUCGAGUGCUAACACGGACAAAGUCCAGUCAUAUUUCUUGGCCGAGAUUGUCAUGAGACGGAUGCUGCAUCGGUGUAACACAGCCAUUCGUCGAACAUCGGAGGGCAAGGUAGUCUACGCACCUGGCAUCGCACUCGAGCUGGAAAUGCAGCUAGAAGAAUGGUAUAAUUACCUCCCGGACUUGGUCCGCUUCGAAAUCGGCCCUGAAAGUGACGGACACGGCCUGGAACGCACUCCGACUAACAUAUCUUCCUCCACACGCUGCCCACUUAGUAAUUUCCUGCGCGUCCAAUACUAUUGCUGCAAGAUUUCGAUCUACUGGCCGGCAAUAUAUCAAGCCAUCCAUGACGGAGCAGAGAACGAGCAACUACUGGACCACAGUCGUCGAUUUUUUGAUUCUUACAUCCGGCUUGUUUCCAGUAUCGUGGUGGCUUUUCACGAGUGCAUUGUCAACAGAUGGACCCUAUUCGCGAGCAUAUUCAUGACUACGAUGGCAGCGCUGAAGGGUGCCGCAACCCCUUGUUUGCAAGGUACUGUGGACGUCACAAAGCUGAAGCAGUGUUUUGCCAUGACACGGACAGCAGAUCGGCGAAUGAUCGAGAUCAGUCCAUCUUUGACGCUCCUCGCCGAUACUUUGGAGCAGAAAUUGGCUGCUGAGUACGGAACGCCUUCAGGCCUGAUAAGUCCAAUUCUGGCAGAAAAUUGA